GGACUUUGGGGCAGGGCCUGAGGUUGUGGGGUCCCUCUAGUGAGAACAGGCCUGGGGGCUCAAGGAGCGAAUUGAGAGCGGGAUCCAGAAAGCAAAGACUGAACGAGAUGGGCCAGAAGGCGCUGGGGCCAAGUUCACAGACUGUGGAGGCGGCUGGCGGUUCUGGGGCAGGGCUUGAAGAAGUGGGGGGCCUGGGUGUAGUGUUUGGGGAAGAUGGGGUUGAUGGUAAUUCGAGUCUAUGGGGACUUUGUAAAGGUGAAAGGAAAGCUCCUAUAAUGGGUGCCAGGCGUGUAGCCAGGGCUGAGAAAACGCUUAUUGCUGCUGUUUUUGUUCACUCCGGUUCCACAGCAAGUCCCUGACCCUGCCCGACACUCUCUCCCUCCGUCUGAGGAAGCAGCAUCCCCCCCCCCCCAGGACUCCUUCAGGACACACCCUCGGAUCCAGGGAGCGACCUAUCAGUUUGCACUGCUCUCAUCAUUGCUCCCCUGGAUGCCUGGCUCUGCCCUCCAGACAGCCAGAGGGACCCUCCUAAGGCUUCCAUUCCCUCCCACUUGGUGGUACAGCCUGGUCAGCCCCCAGAGCCAAGACCUGCUCCCACACGUCGCCACCCUCACUGCAGCAGCCACACAGGCCCCCCAGCCACCCUUUGAACACCCUAGGCUUUUGUACUGUCUGGUCCCUGCACCUGGAAUGCUAUUCCCCAGGCCUGCGUGCCACACCCCUCACACCUGUGCUCAAAUACUGCCUUCCCGUGCAGCCCCCCAGACCCGUGCGCAGGGGCUGGGACUGUCCGGUUUCCCUGGUGACCAGCAUCUAGCAGGCUGUCUGUGAAUGUGGUAACUGGCCUGUCCUCCCUCCCUUAGGAGCUGGGUGCCUCGGUGUGUGACCUGUGACCGGCAGGCACGAUGGAUCUGGCUUAUGUCUGCGAGUGGGAGAAAUGGCCCAAGAGCACCCACUGUCCAUCAGUGCCCCUGGCCUGCGCCUGGUCCUGCCGCAACCUCAUCGCCUUCACCACAGACCUCCGAAACGACGACCAGGACCUGACCCGCAUGAUCCACAUCCUGGACACAGAGCACCCCUGGGACGUGCACUCCAUUAACUCGGAGCACAGCGAAGCCAUCACCUGCCUGGAGUGGGACCAGUCAGGCUCCCGGCUCCUGUCAGCUGAUGCCAAUGGGCAGAUCAAGUGCUGGAGCAUGGCUGACCACCUGGCCAAUAGCUGGGAGAGUCCUGUGGGCAGCUUGGUGGAGGGCGACCCCAUCGUGGCCCUGUCCUGGCUGCACAACGGUGUGAAACUAGCCCUGCAUGUGGAAAAGUCAGGCGCCUCCAGCUUCGGGGAGAAGUUCUCCCGGGUCAAGUUCUCGCCGUCGCUCACGCUGUUCGGAGGCAAGCCCAUGGAGGGCUGGAUUGCCGUCACGGUCAGCGGCCUGGUCACAGUGUCCCUGCUCAAGCCCAGCGGGCAGGUGCUGACGUCCACGGAGAGCCUGUGCCGGCUGCGCGGCCGCGUGGCCUUGGCCGACAUCGCCUUCACAGGUGGAGGCAACAUCGUGGUGGCGACGGCCGAUGGCAGUAGCGCGUCCCCAGUGCAGUUUUACAAGGUGUGCGUGAGCGUGGUCAGCGAGAAGUGCCGCAUCGACACCGAGAUCCUGCCCUCGCUGUUCAUGCGCUGCACCACCGACCUCAACCGCAAGGACAAGUUCCCCGCCAUCACCCACCUCAAGUUCCUGGCACGAGACAUGUCGGAGCAGGUGCUCCUGUGCGCGUCCAGCCAGGUAAGCAGCAUUGUGGAGUGCUGGUCCCUGAGGAAGGAGGGGCUCCCCGUGAACAACAUCUUCCAGCAAAUCUCCCCCGUGGUGGGUGACAAACAGCCCAUGAUUCUCAAGUGGCGGAUCCUGUCUGCCACCAACGACCUGGACCGUGUGUCUGCUGUGGCACUGCCCAAGCUGCCUAUCUCACUCACCAACACUGACCUGAAGGUGGCCAACGACACCCAGUUCUACCCCGGCCUGGGGCUGGCCCUGGCCUUCCACGACGGCAGUGUCCACAUCGUUCACCGGCUCUCACUGCAGAUCAUGGCCGUCUUCUAUAGCUCCACGGCCCCGCGGGUCGUGGACGAGCCCACCAUUAAGCGCCCGCGGACCACCGGCCCCACUGUCCACUUCAAGGCUAUGCAGCUCUCCUGGACCUCUCUGGCCCUUGUGGGCAUCGACAACCACGGCAAGCUGAGCAUGCUGCGCAUCUCCCCCUCCAUGGGGCAUGCGCUGGACGUCAGCCUGGCGCUGCGACACCUCCUCUUCCUGCUGGAGUAUUGCAUGGUGACCGGCUACGACUGGUGGGACAUCCUGCUGCACGUGCAGCCCGCCAUGGUGCAGAGCCUGGUGGAGAAGCUGCACGAGGAGUACACGCGCCAGAACGCCGCCCUGCAGCAGGUCCUCUCUACCCGCAUCCUGGCCAUGAAGGCCUCGCUCUGCAAGCUGUCGCCCUGCACGGUGACCCGGGUGUGUGACUACCACGCCAAGCUCUUCCUCAUCGCCAUCAGCUCCACGCUCAAGUCGCUGCUGCGCCCACACUUCCUCAACACGCCCGACAAGAGCCCUGGCGACCGACUGACCGAGAUCUGUGCCAAGAUCACUGACGUCGAUAUUGACAAGGUCAUGAUCAACCUCAAGACAGAAGAAUUUGUCCUGGACAUGAGCACCCUGCAGGCACUCCAGCAGCUCUUGCAGUGGGUGGGCGACUUUGUGCUCUACCUGCUGGCCAGCUUGCCCAACCAGGGCUCCCCACUGCGGCCAGGCCACAGCUUCCUGCGGGAUGGCACCUCCCUGGGCAUGCUGCGGGAGCUGAUGGUCGUCAUCCGCAUCUGGGGCCUGCUGAAGCCCAGCUGCCUGCCUGUGUACACGGCCACCUCGGACACCCAGGACAGCAUGUCCCUGCUCUUCCGCCUGCUCACCAAGCUGUGGAUCUGCUGCCGUGACGAGGGGCCCACCAGUGAGCCAGAUGAGGCGUUGGUGGACGAGUGCUGCCUGCUGCCCAGUCAGCUGCUCAUCCCCAGCUUGGACUGGCUACCCGUAAGCGAUGGCCUGGUCAGCCGCCUACAGCCCAAGCAGCCCCUGCGCCUGCAUUUUGGUAAAGCUCCAUCUCUGCCCGGCAGCACCACCACUUUGCAGCUGGAUGGCCUCGUCAGGGCACUGGGCCAACCCAAGAUCGACCACCUGCGGAGGCUGCACCUGGGAGCCCACCCCACAGAGGAGUGCAAAGCCUGCACCAGGUGUGGCUGCGUCACCAUGCUCAAGUCACCCAACAAGACGACGGCCAUCAAGCAGUGGGAGCAACGCUGGAUCAAGAACUGCCUGUGCGGGGGACUUUGGAGGCGGGUGCCCCUCAGCUAUCCCUGACGGGGCCAGGCCUGUCGGCAGAUCCUGCACUGGGGACAGCAUUCCACACUCCAGACCUUCCGUGGACUGGCAUAAAGCAGCCUAGCCUCUCCGGGCUUCGUCUACCAAGACUGGCAUCACCGUAACUGGACAAGCAGGCACGGAGCUGCCAGAAGCCUCGGUGGGGUAGCAACGGCCCAGAGAGCAAUGCUCUCCCUCGGCGCCUGAUGGCGACCCCAGGAGGUGGGCCUCGCCUCUUCAGGCCGGGCCACGGCCCUUGCACUGCCCUUUAGGGACUCCCAGGGGCCCCUCCAGAUGCCUCAGGCCCCAGUCUAGAGCGCGCAGCCCGGGGAUCUGUCCUUGCAGUGGGGCUCUCAGGCGACACACACGUAUCCAGGUGGCUCCGCAGGCCCAAUAAACACCCUGGGAGUCACAGACCUCGUGUGAGCAUCAUGAAGCCCCCCCAGACCCCAUGCCGUCCCACUCCCUGUUCUCCACCCCACAGUUGGGGUGUUUCCGUGUUCCUGGGCACAUGGUCCGCCGCUGGGAACCGGCUGGGCAGGGGAGGGGCACCCUGCCUGCCUUGUUCACCGGGAGGGGCGGGCUUCUGCAGCGGGCGGGCUGCCUCCUCCGGGCCCCUUCCUGCACUGCUCAGGUCCCGCGCCCCCCAGGCAUCGUGCCUUCUGCUGCCAGCCACCUCUGGCGAUUAUGACCUGCCCCCUGCGGGCCUCUAGACAGCGCUUGCCUGCUAAGUGGAAAUUGGUUCUGUCUUCCCUCUGGAAGGCUCUGGGGAGGCCGGCUUCUGUGGGAACCCUGCAGGAAGUAAAUGGCUGUGUGGCUGGGCUCCCGCCGAGAUACCACUGGACAUGAGCUUCCUGGGCUUUUAGGGGGAUGAUGGGCACCUGGGGAGCCCCAUUACCUGGACCAGGGGCUGCGUGUGAAGCCCACCUGCCUGGCACAACACUUGAACAGGUCCCCCCGCCGGCACCCUCUGCGGGGACUUGCGGCGCUGGGCCAGCACAGGAGGCUGGGGGAGCUAGCUGCAGCCUGCCCCCGCCCCUCCCUGAGAUGGACCCGCUGCUGCCCACCGCUUAGUGAACAGACGCGGCUGCCUCCCAGGCGGCUGGCUGCUGCGCAGUGGGUCAGGCCGUCGCGCCAGCCAAGGAGCCUGUCCGUGCAAAGCGCUGCUGCUAAGAUUGCAGGAACGGGUUCCCGGGCAGUUUGGGGGCAGGGGUAGGCACCAGGCCUUUCCUCCGUGGAGGUCAGUUUCUCUGGGCCUUCCCGUAACUCUGCUGCCCAUGCGUGGGGCUGGUUAUCUUGCAGCGGUCUCACAGCAGACGCCGAGUCUUGGGCGCUGCUCUUUGCUGCUGCUUGAACCUGGGUGGCUCCUGCUUGUACUGAUGGUCCUGGGCAGGGAGGUGAUGCUGUGACCUCCGAGAUUGGCGGGAAACUGCCCUGGCCUGCAUCUGGGAGCCUGGGCAGCCGUGCCACGGGAAGCCCAGGGCAUGUGGGGCAGCCACGGGCCGGCACUCAGCUGGGGAGCUGCCAGCUUAGCCCAGCGCGCAUCAGGCACUUCUGGUGGCUCCAGUGCGUGGUCCCCAACAGGAGAUGUGGUGGCCAGGAGACGAGCUCCCUGGCUCCCUGUGCACUCUGGUCCCGACCACAGAAGCAGAGCUCAGUGGUCCCCAGGGUGGUUUUACACAACUAAGUUCUCAGUGGUUGGUUACAUGGGGAUUGCCAGAACAUGCCUUAAAUUGUGACAAGCCUAGGCACAGAAGUGCCUGGCUGUCCUCAGGCAUGGGGCGCACCCUGGCAGUCUGGGGUGGUGGUCUUGCUGGGGGGCCCUGUUGGAGUGGUUGGAAGGGUUGUGGGUAGUGAUGUUCCCCCGCCCCCAACCUCGGCUGUCAGUGCAUCUCGAGUUCCUGCCCCUGGGGCACUUGGAGUGCUCCUGCUCAGGAGUGGGGCCAGUUCUCAGGCAGCAUAUCCCAGGUGCCCUGGGAUCUCAUGGCCCCGUACAGCCAGGGCUGCGUGCGCCCCACGGAGAGACGAGAAACAAGAACACUGCAGGCGGCUGAGGCUCGCAUGGCUCAGGCUCAGGAUGCAUCUCCCUCCUGUUGCCCACAGACUCCAUCCCUGGCAGGCACUUCCACCUGGGGCCCACCGUGCAGCCAGGUGAGCUGCAGAGUGCCCGGGACAUUUGCAUUUCCGAUGCGCAAGGAACACGUUUUCAUUAUAAGUCUCCCAAACAGCACAUUGGAGAUACUUAUAAAAAGUAUUUUUCUGAAAUUCCCAUUUACUGGACGUC